AUGCUGUCGCGGUCUUCCCUUAGCCGCAAUGCGCCGCGCGCUCUCUCCGCCGGCCGUCGGGCCAUGGCCUCUGCUGCCAACCCGACCUUCCAGUACGACGUCUCCGAGGCUGCUGGUGUGAAGGUCGCCAACCGUGAGGUCAAUGGUGUCACCGGCACCUUGGCUCUGGUGGCCAAGGCUGGUUCCCGCUACCAGCCCUUCCCUGGAUUCUCGGAUGCUCUCGAGAAGUUCGCUUUCAAGUCCACAUUGAAGCGCUCUGCUCUGCGUAUCACUCGUGAGGUCGAGCUGCUGGGCGGUGAGAUCUCAGCGACACACUCGCGCGAAAAUGUCGUUCUCCAGGCUAAGUUCCUCGCCAACGACCUCCCAUACUUCACAGAGCUCCUGGCCGAGGUUGCCAGCCAGUCAAAGUACACUGACUACGAAUUGAGCGAGGUUGUUAGCGAUCUCCUCAAGCUCCAGCAGCAGGCUCACUCCGCUAGCUCCGAGUCCAUUGCCCUCGAUGCCGCCCACGGCGUUGCUUUCCACCGCGGUCUCGGUGCCCCCCUCACCCCCAGCCAGUCCACCCCUUACGAGAAGUACUUGUCUGGUGAUGCUCUUGCCAAGUUCGCCCAGUCUGCCUACUCCAAGUCCAACGUCGCUGUUGUCUCCUCCGUCCCCAACUCUGCUGAGGUCUCCAAGUGGGUUGGUCAGUUCUUCAAGGAUCUGCCCUCCGCCCAGGCUCUGUCCGCCCCUGCUACCAAGUACUUCGGUGGUGAGCAGCGUCUCCCCUCCAAGGCCGGUAACGCCGUUGUGAUCGCCUUCCCCGGCUCCAGCGCCUUCGGCACCGCCGGUUUCAAGACCGAGUCUUCCGUCCUGGCUGCUUUGCUUGGCGGCGAGUCCUCCAUCAAGUGGACUCCCGGCUUCUCGCUGCUGUCCCAGGCCACCCAGGGCUUCAACUUCCUCAAGGUUUCCACCAAGAACAUCGCCUACUCCGAUGCUGGUCUCUUCACCGUCACCCUGACCGGUGCUCCCGACCAGGUUUCUGCCGCUAGCAAGAACGUCGUCGACGCUCUUAAGAAGACCGCCGCCGGCGAGGUUUCCAGCGAGGAUAUCAAGAAGGCUAUUGCUCUGGCUAAGUUCCGCACUCUGGAGUCCAUCCACACUCUGGAGACUGGUCUCGAGGCCACUGGCUCCGGACUCAUCCACGGCAGCAAGGCUUACCAGAUCAGUGAAGUUGCCCAGGCAUUCGAUAGCGUCUCCGAGGAGCAGGUCAAGGCUGCUGCCGCAUCCUUCCUCUCUGGUAAGGCUACCCUGGUUAGCGUUGGUGACAUCCACCAGCUCCCCUACGCUGAGGACCUCGGCCUGACCGUUUAA